GAGAAGAGUGGACACAACGGCAAGAAAGAAAUCUUCUUGGUAUGAUAUAGGUGACGAAGAUCCUCUCAUUAAAGAGAUCAGCGAAGCAAUGGCCAGACUUUCCAUAAGUGGACAGACUGAGCUAGCAUCCAGGUCCUCCAACAUAUCUAAUAAUGGGGGGUCCACCGAAAUCAAAGAGGCCAAAGGUACCGGUCGCUCCAGGGCCAUUGAAGGGGAAUCUGUCCAGCAGACUUUGCCAUGGAGGAUUCCACCUGAGGCCCAAGACAAAACCAGUACCCCUGUGAGGACUCCCCGUUCAACCAAAUGCUUGAAGAGCACUACUGGAGAGUCCCGCAGAGUUAAGAAGACCCUGAGAGAAGGUUUGGAGGCCAAUCCAAAACCUUUCCCUAAAAGGAGAUGGGAGGAUCUGGAAUCGGCCGGUAUCAGAAAGCCAGACAGCCUUGGUCCAGAGAGGAAGAGGAGAAGAAUGGACACAACGGCAAGAAAGAAGUCUUCCUGGGUGAGUGUUCACGCCAGAGCUUUUCGAAAGAAAUAUAUGAGUGCUGUUUGUUCCAGGGCCAUUAAAGAAAAAUCUGUGAGGGUCAAGCAGACUUUGCCACGUGAGGUGCAAGAGCAGACUCUAAAAGAAGGCUUGGAGGGCAAAGAAAAACCCUCCUAUAAAAGGAAAUGGGAAGAUUUCAAAUCAGCCGGUAUCAGAAGGCCAGACAGCCUCGGUCCAGAGAGGAAGAGGAGAAGACACGUUUGGGCAGAAGGUAACGUUGUUAUGGUUGCCAUGCCAAAAAAGAGAACUAUAACCAGAAGGAGAAACAUGAGAUGCUGUGCAAAGCCUGUACAGGAUGCAGAGGAAUGGCGACACCCAGAAUGCUCGGGUCACAAGGGACGUGGAGAAAUGACCUGGAGAGGAGGGAGCAAGAAGGCAAAGCAUGACGUGAGGUCAUGCUUUGACGAAAGGGGAAACACUGGACCAAAAAACCAAAGCACCCCACUUUACCGUCUCAGACCCUUUCACCAAAGAAAGCAAUAUGGACCACGAGGCAGAAGAAACCCACAAAACAUGCGUUACCAGGGCCGCCGUCAGUGGGCAACACCAGGUCCGAUGUGCCGGCCCCGGGUCAAGGGAGGGCCCAAAGUGUCCCUUGGCAAAAAAAAAGUCCUGGGCAUGAGGAAGACACAUAGACCUGUGUGUCACUGUCACUUUCUAAAUCAAUGAAAUAAAUGUAAUUUGUUGUCUUCCUAGCUCCUAUUCAUUUUUGUC